AAAAUGAGAAAAUCUAUUUUCUCCAAAGCAUAAAUUGGCCGGGACAGCCCCGGGUUCUCACACCAGGUCGCCCAGCAGACAGGAACCACCAUGCCACCGAAGGCCGCAGCCAAGAAAGAGGCUGCCAAGAAGGAGGAGCCUCCCAAGGAAGAACCCAAGCCGGCAGCGCCGCCAAAACGGGAGGCGCCCAAGUUGGACGAAGGCGUCCUGGAGGACUUCAAGGACUGGUACACGUUGUUUGACGAGAUGGGAGACGGGAAGAUCUACGGGCGGCAGAUCGGCGAUGUGCUCCGGUCGUUCGGAGAGAACCCCACCGUCGCGCUGUGUGAUCAGUUCAUCAAGGAGAUCGGAGACGACAAGCGGAUAGAUUUUGACACCUUCCUGCCGUACCUGGGAGAGGCCAUGAAGUUCAGGGACCCGUUUGACAACUACGAGGCGUUCCAGGAGUGUCUGAAGUGUUACGACAAGGACGGAAUAGGAGUCAUCGACAGCGCUGCCUUCAGACACGGACUCUCCUAUCUAGGAGAGAAACUGAAGGAUGAGGAGAUUGAAGAACUGAUGUCUGGACUUGAGGACGGCGACGGCAGGAUCAACAUUGACGGGUUCUGUACCUUCUUGUUGAAGGAAGGGAAAGACGCAGAAGAGCCAAAAGAGGAAAAGAAAUAGAACUCCGCAUACUACAACUAUGUUAAUACUUUGCAAAUACUAGAUUUAUAGAUAACUGCUUCCGAAAAAAAUAAUACCGAUUUUCAAACACAUUAAGGAUGUUUCGUAUGUUGUGGUUGACUUCUCCACUGUUCACGACGCUGCUUUGUUCUUCUAGAUCUAAACUUGCGGUUUUAAACUCUUGUCUUCAGUGUGACUGUUUGAUAUAAAGCAAGGAGGAGGUAGACAUGAUCUGUGACGCAGUACUCCAGAGUAAACUCGUCUGUCUCGCGUCUGUCUGGGACGAGGUUGGGGGACCUCCGAUCCCACAUUAUAUCUAUCUCUUUCUUUCUCUUUCCUUUUUUCUCUCCGAAAAAAAAAAGAAUAAAAAAUCGCGGACCAAACCCAGUACUUUUAUUGGUAAGGGAAGGUUAAGAGUAUGUCUGUCUGAUGAUGAAGCUGGUCCGGUCGGCAGGAGAGAGUGGGCUGUCAAACUUCACCCUGCCGGGAUCGGUCUAAGUUUUACCUGGGUCUGUCGUCUCUGCAUCAGUCUACCUUCUUCAUGUAACAAAGAAAGAAUUGAUGUGUUCAAGAAAUCUUUUUUUCUCAAAAAGUAUCGCAGAGUGGACUUAUUUGUCGUCAAGUACAGUAGAUGCAUCCUCACAGUGUAGCAUUAAACAACUUUAACUCCGGGAGUUAGUUUUAAGGUUAGGUGUGGCAGGUCGUUCGGUGUAACCAGUUGCCGCGGAGUGCCUGUGAAACUGGUGUGUUACGCCGAAGGGCGGUUAUACCGGCUAUACAGAUAACAUAACACAAAGGUGCUGACUUUAGGGAUUUUAUCAUGUAAAAGUACGCAAAAUUGUACAAUGUACAAAUGUUAUGAACUGCUGAAACAACAUUAAAGUUGAGUGAACAAA